UGCUCCUCCCCAUGGGCUGAGCCAGCACUGGACAAUAUAAUAAUAGUGUCAAGAUCAGUUGAGUACAGAGGCGGUAGGCAAUCCUAAACGCACGCUACUUGCCAGGGAAAAGCCUGCUUAUGUGGCGUUCAGAAUAGCUGGGGAGAUAAGGGCAUGCUCGGGUCAUCAAAGAAAAGGACUAUUUGACAAUCAAAUUGCAAAUUACUAUUCUUACUGCUUGUAAGAUUUUUUUUUGUGACUUCUUGUUUCUUGUGGCUUCUAAAAACAAGCAUAUCCUUUUUGCUUGUGUUUUUUCUUCUCUAUUGUCACUAGUAAUGUGAAACUCUCUUCACUGGAGAGGAUAUAACAGAAAAUCCUAGUUUUUAUCUUUGGGCUUCAGUUAGUCAAGGUCUUGCUGUCUAUUUAAAUGCUAGUGUUGAAAAAACUACUUUCUGAAGGCUGUAUAUUUUUUUUUAAGUAUAUUUUCUGAAUGUACUUUAUAUAAGGGAAUUUUUUGUAAAGCCUCACAACGUUUUAUUGGGACUGGUUGAAAUAUUUAGCUGAGGGGAAAAGAAAAACCUUCAGGGAAAAAUGUUUUCUUUUGAAGUAGCAGUUUCUUAGGAAGUGAGAAAUGCCUCAGCCUUUUUUUGGAACUGUUGCAUUUGCCUGACUUCAGGAAAAAAAAUGAAGAUCUUAAAGCAUGUUAUGAAUAAUUUUUCAUUUAGAACUACGUGGAACUGGCACAUUCAGGAUCCAGCAAGCCAGCGGUUGACAUGGAACAAACCUCCCAAGAGUGUCCUUGUUAUUAAAAAGAUACGUGAUGCCAGUCUGCUGCAGCCUUUUAAAGAGCUCUGUGUGUAUCUUACUGAGGUGAACAAUAUGAUAGUGUACGUAGAAAAAAAAGUUUUGGAAGACCCUGCUAUAGCUAAUGAUGAUAAUUUUGGACCAGUGAAGAAGAAAUUUUGUACCUUUAGAGAAGAUUACGAUGAUAUCUCCAAUCAGAUAGACUUUAUCAUAUGCCUAGGAGGAGAUGGGACCUUACUUUAUGCUUCUUCACUUUUCCAGGGUAGUGUACCUCCAGUUAUGGCUUUUCAUCUGGGAUCCCUUGGAUUUCUUACUCCAUUUAAUUUUGAGAAUUUUCAGUCCCAAGUCACUCAGGUUAUAGAAGGCAAUGCAGCACUUGUUCUGCGAAGCAGGCUGAAAGUGAAAGUAGUAAAAGAGCACAGAGAGAAGAUGACAGUACAAAAUGGUAUAGAAGAAAAUGGAGUGGUGCCUACGAAUAUAGAGAAAGAAGUGGGCAAGCAAAUUAUGCAGUAUCAGGUCCUAAAUGAAGUUGUUGUGGAUCGUGGUCCUUCUUCUUACCUUUCCAAUGUAGACGUCUUUCUAGAUGGACACCUGAUAACAACAGUGCAAGGAGAUGGAGUCAUCGUUUCCACACCAACUGGUAGUACUGCGUAUGCAGCUGCUGCAGGAGCUUCUAUGAUUCAUCCGAAUGUUCCUGCAAUAAUGAUCACCCCAAUCUGCCCUCACUCAUUGUCUUUCAGACCUAUUGUUGUUCCUGCUGGAGUGGAACUCAAGAUAAUGCUCUCCCCGGAUGCCAGGAAUACAGCAUGGGUUUCAUUUGAUGGAAGGAAGAGACAGGAAAUAUGCCAUGGAGACAGUAUUAGCAUCACUACCUCUUGCUAUCCCCUUCCUUCGAUCUGUUUCCGAGAUCCUGUGAGCGACUGGUUUGAAAGCUUGGCUGAAUGUUUACACUGGAAUGUUCGGAAGAAGCAGAAUAACUUUGUUGAAGAAGAAUUUUGAGAGUCUACAUCUAAUGACCCAUGGGAAUGGAAAGUGGCAGUAUCCCUUUUAUAUGCUUUUAAAGUUUUUGCUAAUGUGUGUGGUCACCAUCUCAGACACAUAUAUAGCGAUAUACUUUAUAUCCGUCUGAUCUGCUGAUGGCUGGAAAUACUGUGCUACUUCCUGUCCAGCAGGAAGAGAAAUGGAAGAAGUGAGGUUCUGAUUGUUGUAAUCCAGUUUGAUGAAUUUCCUUUAAAUGAGCAGUCUGAAAAUGGGUUAUUUCAGAUUGGUAUUGACAACCACGUCUGUAGGUUUGAUUGUAACACAACUUACCAAUAAUGUGGUAGGCUGCAUGUAGAUACGUAAUAGAAAAGUGGCAGUAGAAAAGAGGCAUGAAAAUAGUCUGUUCAAUUUGUUAUAUAUGUAAUUCCAUUUGUUAAGACUUCUAUGCAUAUAAAAGCUCUAAAAAAAUUACUUUAAAAAAAUAAAGCACUUCUUUUUUUAGCUUAAAUACACCUCCCCCAGAACACCUCCCUAUCAAGACAGCUUAAAAUACUUUCUUCUUACUUGCAAAUGUGACAAAACCUGUAAAGGAACACAGCUGUUUUUAUGAAUAGAUGAAAAUAGUGUUAAAAAGUAUACAUAUAUAUCUCCAUAAGAUAUAUAGCGCUCAUGAAAAAUGUUUUUUUGUGAAUAGAUGGAAUUAGUGAAAACUAAAUAACACACGCACACACAGUGCCCAUUUGUUUGAACAGUGUUUGACCCUUGGCUGUCAUCACUGUGUAAAUAUCCUCCGCUGGCAUGGACGAGCAUUUGCUUGUGCUGGGUCGGUUAUUUCAGUGAUCUUCAUUUUCGCAGCUGAGCUAGUUUGUAGCUCUGCAGUUCCUCUUGGUGAGAAUCAUCAAUGUUGAUUUUAUUUUUGUUGAUUCUCUAGAACAAAUGGUAGCGUUAGGGACAAUAUAGUAAAAAAAAAAUAAAAUCUCCAGGUAUUCAGGAAGAAUCUGGACUUCACUUACUACUAUAUUGCAUAGUGCUACCAUUAUCUUGAAGACAAUAAAUAGUGUCCUGAAUGCCCUUAACUUCCACAGAUAUCUUCCAGCUCUGGGUGCUGAGUAGUACCGAAAGGGAUACUGCAUUGGUAGGCUGGUAAAGGAGAGGACACAUUCCCAUUAGAGUAGCAAUGGUGCCUUCAGCACAUUCAAGAUAUUCUAAGUCUCAUGUACUUUUUUUAAGAUGCUUUCAAAUGUUUCUAACUUCUCUGUACAUAUUUUAUUGUAUGUGCUUUUAUGAAAAAAAAAAUAGUUUGGGAAAAAGAAAGGGGUUUGUACUGUACUUUAACUGAAAAAAUCAAGCCCAAGAAUAAUGUUUACAUUUAUGUUCUCUGUGGUGCAGUCUCAUGGUCAUACUACCCAAACUUCAGCAUUUUCAGUGUUGCUGUGUUGGCCAUUGAAGGAGUGGACAUUAUCAGUUAAAUUUAAGCCUAUGACAUAAAAUUGCGGAGGAGAUAAUUUCUUACUGAAGAAGGUGGGAUUUCCUCGAAAGUGGAGUGAGAAGCUGUAAACUUUUCAUGAUUGUCUUAUGUUGUUUAUGUGGUCCAAAGUGGUAACAGGAGAUGUAUUAAUUUCUGAACUCUGCCUAACGUGCUGUGCUCUAAUGGUUUAAAUAAUGUCUCUUCCAUUUUGGAUGCUGCCCUAGUCUGUCUAAUUUUAUUAAAUCAAGAUGAGAGCACUUUUCCAUAAAAGAGGAGCAAACUCUUAGUUAAUGAUUAAAAAAAGUCACAAUGAAAUGGUGUUAAUAUAAAUAUUCAUUUUGUAAAUUUUGUAGAAUAGAAUAUUGGUUUACUUUUGGUCUAAACAGAAAAAUUUUGUGAUAUCUUGAGAAUGUCAAGAUAGCUUUUGAGAUUUAUCUUUCACUUGAAUCUGCAUUAAUUUAUCACUGUUUUGAAGCUGCUUACGGGUUUUCUAAGAUGGGGUAUUCAGUUAUUAAAUAGCUGUGUACUUUCUGAGCUAUGAAAAAAGCAUCAAACUUCUUGCUUUGAAACUAUUCUUUUAUUUAAACAUGCAAUAAUUGAGAAGAGGAACAGGGUAUAGUGGCUAAAUAAAUAUAUUGUUUAGUGAAAAAUAAGCAGAAUACCAGGCACACUAGGAAGUGGAAAUCAUUUUAUGGAGGUGAGGUGAAAUUAAUGAGCCUUAUCUAUCUAGUAUUUUUGUAAGGAUAAAACUAUAUUCAGCACUUUUUAUUUAUGCUUUUAUAGUAGUAAAACUAUCAUUUAAUAAAUUGUAGAACUUUAAUUUGCAGAGUGCAUAGUUCAUGAAAUGUAAACAAAACUUACCUAUUUCUUCUAAAUUAGAUCUGCUGGAGUUGUCUUUAAAUUUAUCACGUACUGCAAUUGAAUCACUGGCUUUGAGGCUUCUGCAGUUUUGCUUGUACAACUUUUCCUGCUUGAUAACAAUAUUAUUUGGAUCACUGCUCAGCCUAGUACAGAACUACAGUCACUGACCACAGGAAAGUAAGUCAUAUGAUGGCUUUAGUCCUUUGCUUUUUCUUCAGAAAAGCUCCUUUGAUUAUAAUUGUACUAGCUGCUUUGUAUCAAAAUGCAGCACAAAUUACUUGUGUUAAUACAUUACGAAUUUAUUGAAUUGUACAAAGUCUCUUUUCAAGGCCUUUAAUCUGCAAACCAGCAAUUCGCAAGCAGGCUAGUGAAGUUUGAUCAGCACUGAACUCAAGUUUUCUGCAUAUUUAACUGCUUGAAGUGUGGGUAACAUGUUCAAACUACAUCUGAAUGAUAAAAGCUCUAAUGCAGACUGGAUUAUAUUGGAGGUCAAAGCUUAUUUUGCUGAUGUAGCUUAAUCAAACUAGUUUAAACUGUAUUAGUAAAACAGAGUUUUGCUGAAUUUAUUUUUUUUUAAUAUGAGGGUUGGAAAUAUCACUGUACCUGCUGUAAACACUUUCCAGUCUACAUAGGGCCAAAAUGGAAAGUUGGAAAUUGGUUAAGAAAAAAGGUCUCUACUAGAGAGUUUAAGAUAUUAAAAACGAUGUGGUAUGGUAUAAAGCAGAGUGUACUGAAUUUUUGAAAGAGGAAAAAUCUUGUUACAUAUUGUUAAUGCUUUGAAAACUUGUUUUAAAUAUUGUUGAAAUCAAAUAUUUUUCAAUCCUUUCAAUAAAAUCUUUUUGUAAAGUUGGA